GCACUCACAGGCUCGCACGCCGCCCUCUAUACGUUAAUAUUUCAAUGUAAAUAAACUCUCCCUGGGUUGCGACUCAAACUGCUGCGUUACGUUAACGGUCUUUCCCUCCCAAGGGCCCGCAGCCGCGGGCCGCGCUCCAGAGGGAAACAACACCCGGGACGGGCCUCGCCGGCGGCGGGGUCGCGGUCGCCGCGCCCGGUGUGUUGGGAACAAGCGGUGACCGGAGGAGCGACUCCCGGGAGCGCCGGGCCCGCCCCGCGCCGCCGCGCUACGGGAGCCGCCGCGGGUCAAGCGCCGGAAGGCGUCGUUACGCGAGUGCGUCACUUCCUGGCGGCGCGGGCGGCGGGGAGCACCAUGCCCAAGUUUUACUGCGAUUACUGCGACACGUACCUCACCCACGACUCGCCCUCUGUGAGAAAAACCCACUGCAGUGGCCGGAAACACAAAGAGAAUGUGAAAGACUACUAUCAGAAAUGGAUGGAGGAACAAGCUCAGAGCCUGAUUGAUAAAACAAUAGCGGCUGCAUUUCAGCAAGGGAAAAUCCCACCGACGCCGUUCUCGGCACCGCCUCCCGCCGGAGCCAUGAUUCCCCCUCCGCCCAGCAUCCCUGGACCCCCCCGGCCGGGCAUGAUGCCGGCCCCGCACAUGGGCGGCCCCCCCAUGAUGCCGAUGAUGGGCCCCCCCCCGCCAGGAAUGAUGCCGGUUGGACCCGCGCCCGGGAUGCGCCCGCCCAUGGGGGGCCACAUGCCCAUGAUGCCGGGUCCCCCCAUGAUGAGACCCCCCUCCCGCCCCAUGAUGGUGCCAACGCGGCCGGGCAUGACCCGUCCAGACAGAUAAAGGGGGAAGCGGAGCCGCCUCUUCUUGUUCGCGUCGCCCUCUUCUGUACGAUAAGCCGCCGCAGACCCGAGUCGCUGGGAUUGUGCAUCACACUGGCGUGCGGGGAGAGCUGCUGUCGGAUCGCAGACGGUUCGACCUGCCUGCACCCGCACCGGUGCUUUUGUACCGGGUUUUGUUUGUGUAGUUUCCCUCCCCCGUUGAAUGGUAAAACAACAAUAAAACGUUAAUGCUGGUUUA